AUGGUUGCGAGAUAUCGUUUUCACCCUAGUUACUACAAUUUUAUUCGAAAGCUAAGUCAUUAUACUCCACCUGGUUACUCAAAAGUUAUACUUGCUCAAGAAGUCAAAGAUUUCUGCGUUCGCUGCUUGACAAAAGUUGGGGCUCAAAAAAGUCACUCAGUUUCCCUCAGCGAUGUUUUGGUUUCUGGAGAUUAUCGAGGUCAUUAUAGUCAUGGAUUGAACCGACUGGAAAUGUAUGUACGAGAUAUUCAGAAAGGUGUUUGCGAAACUAAGGCAGAGCCUAAAAUUGUGAAAGAAUCUGCGUCAACUGCACUUGUAGAUGGGAAAAAUGUCCUAGGGCCAGUCGUAGGCAACUUUGCAAUGAAUACGGCUAUUCAGAAGGCUAAGAAAACAGGGGUCUCCUUUGUUGCCGCUUUUGGGUCAAAUCACUAUGGUAUAGCUGGCUGGUACAGCUUGAUGGCGCUAGAACAGGGACUCAUAGGUAUCUCUAUGACAAACACGUCUCCUCUUGUAUAUCCGACAAGGGCUCGAAAGUUAGCUGUUGGAACCAAUCCAAUUACAUUAGCAGCACCAGGCAAAAAAUCUGAAGAUCAUUUUGUACUAGACAUGGCUACAAGUGCUGUUGCAUUGGGCAAGAUUGAAAUGAAUCGAAGAAGAGGAAUCCCAAUUCCUAGAGGAUGGGGAGCUGAUGCGGACGGGAAAACAUCACUUGAUCCAACUGUUGUGGUCACAAAAGGCGGACUAAUGCCUCUCGGUGGUGAAGAAGAACAUAGUGGUUAUAAAGGAUAUGGUUUAGGUAUGCUUGUAGAAAUAUUAUGCGGUAUUAUUGCUGAUGCUGCUUAUGGACCAAAUAUACGUCGUUGGAUGACAACUGAUAGACCUGCCAAUUUAGGUCAAUGCUUUGCUGCCAUCGAUCCAAAGGCAUUCGCACCAGGAUUUGAACAAAGAUUAUCAGAAUAUGUAAAUAUUAUGCGCAACCUACCUCCAGUUGAUGCUCAAAAACCUGUGGUAAUUCCUGGUGAUUUUGAAAGGGAACAUAUGGUUGAAUGCGAUCAACUUGGUGGUAUUCCAUAUCCACCAGUAUUGAUUGAAAGUUUGGAUCGCUUAGCAGAUGAGCUGAAAGUUGCAAAAAUGAAAAUCGUCAAAACUUUAUAA